AUGAAUCAAGGAGGCGGCCUCGCUUGUUGCGCUGUUUGCAACGAGAUAUCACAGCGGAGAUGUAGUCGCUGUCUCACUACUUAUUAUUGUAAUACUGACCACCAACGACAAGACUGGAAAAGACAUAAAAGUGAGUGUGCACCCAAGUUACCAAAGCAGGGUACGAAAAGUGAUAAUUCAGGUGAACGUACGAUAGUUGGUGAAGAAGCCACGAAGAAAGUGAAAGACGGAACUUCCAACGUCACGGAGGAGAGUCACCAGGAGUGUUCAAAGGAUAGUAGUAAUAAAAGACAUUCAAAAAAAAGUAAAUCGAAGUCCGUAAAAAAUAGUGAUAACGAAGGUGGCACGAUAGGUGUUAGUAAACAUAGCGCACAAGUAUCAACUGAGAACGUUAAACAAAGUGAGCCAAGUACAUCGAAAGCCUCGGGGCACAAUGACAGUAGUGUGAUAUCUAGUGUAGUGUAUACAAACCGCGACUUGUCGACGAGUAGUGCCAUAACUUACGAGGGUUCCUCGGAGCAGGAGGUGUUGCGCGAGACUGCGCAGCUGCUGAGCACCGUGGACUUCUCGGCGCCGAGUACCUCUAAUGUGUUACGGGCAGUGAACAGGACUGACACUGCAAACAUGCCCGUACUGCCUAACUAUGGGGCGGAGCAGGGUACGAGGACGAAGGAGUACCCUGAGGCCUCACUGAAGGGCAGCGGUGCACCGUUUAGUCACAUGCCUAAUAGUUACUACAUGGAUCCGAGUGACUCUUGUUAUGAGAUCUGUCACAGAGUGAUCAGAGAUAUGACUCAGUAUGGUGUUUGUGUUCUGAACAAUUUCCUUGGCAGGGAACGAGGACUUAUGGUGUUAAAUGAAGUGUUAGAAAUGUAUAGAUCAGGAAUAUUCACUGCUGGUCAGCUAGUCAGGUCAAAUUCAGCAACAACAGAAGCUCAAACAAUCCGAAGUGACCUCAUCACGUGGAUAGAUGGCAAGGAACCAAACUGCACCUAUAUCAGACAGUUAAUUAGUCAAGUUGACAAUAUCAUACUGAGAGCGAACAAGAUGGCAAACAAUGGCAAAAUGGGUGACUACGUGAUCAAUGGAAGGACGAAGGCAAUGGUAGCAUGCUACCCCGGCUCAGGCAGCCAUUACGUGAAACAUGUGGAUAACCCAAACAAAGAUGGCCGCUGCAUUACCGCUAUAUACUAUCUGAAUCUCGAUUGGGAUGUCAAACGAUGCGGAGGAUUGCUAAGGGUGUUCCCAGAGGGUACGAAUCAAGUAGCCGACAUAGCUCCCAUAUUCGAUAGGAUGCUUUUCUUCUGGUCAGACAGACGAAACCCACACGAGGUCCAGCCUGCAUACAGCACCAGAUAUGCCAUCACGUUAUGGUACUUUGAUGCACAUGAAAGAGAGGAGGCGCGAAGGAAUUUCAAAGAACGCGGCCAACCGUCAUCAAGUAAGUGA